AUGUCUAAUUUCUAUCUGUGUUUAGUUUUUGCUGGAUUCUUUGCUGUUGCCAGCUCUGUGCCUGCAUUGAAGAUAACACCAGGCAAUACUGAUUUUGCCUUUAAAUUCUACCACCAGAUUGCUCUAGGGGCUGCUGAUAACAUUUUCUUUUCUCCUCUGAGUAUUUCCACUGUCUUUGCUCUGCUGUUGCUGGGGGCUAGAUCCACCACACGGAGUCAGCUUUUGUCAGGCCUUAGCUUGAACCAGAUCAAUGAGCAGGAAAUACAUAGAGAUUUUCAUCUUCUCCUCCAAUUUCUAAACCGCCCUAAUGCUGAAAUUGAGCUGAACAUUGGAAAUGCUGUUUUCACACAUGACCAACUGAAGGUCCUAAAUACAUUCUUGAGUCAUGCCAAAAAAAAUUAUCAAGCAGAAGUUUUUCCUGUUAACUUCAAGAAACCUGCAGAAGCUGAGCAGCAGAUAAAUAGCUACAUAGAGAACAAAACCCAAGGAAAAUUAAUUGAUGUUGUCAAGGACCUUGAUGAAGACAUUGUUAUGGUUCUUGUAAACUACAUUUUCAUGAAAGCUUAUUGGGCCAAUCCUUUCAAUCGUGACAAUACCAAAGACGCUGACUUCUUUGUGGAUGAGCAAACUACAGUGAAAGUUCCUACGAUGAACAAAGAUGGCCUGUUUAAGACUUACCAUGAUCAGGGCCUGUCCUGCGUGGUGGUGCAGCUCCCUUACAAAGGCAGUGCUUCAGCGUUGUUCAUUCUGCCAGACCCAGGGAAACUGAAGCAAGUGGAAGAUGCUCUGGGGAGAGACGUUUUCUCAAAAUGGGUGACGUCACUGAAACAACAGAGAAUAAAUCUCUUUGUUCCGAGACUUACCAUGACUAGUAAGUAUGAUGUUCGAGAUGUAUUAAGAAGAUUGGGAGUUAUUGAAUUAUUCACAAACCAGGCAGACCUAUCGGGAAUUACUGGAACGCCUGAGUUGAGGGUUUCCAAGGCUAUCCAUCAAGCUUACUUGAAUGUCCAUGAGAAUGGUACUGAAGCGGCAGCUGUCACUGUUGUUGACAUUUCUCCAACAUCCCUUCCUCCCGAAGUUAAACUCAACAGGCCAUUCUUCUUUAUAAUCUUUGAGGAGAUUAUUAAGACCAUCUUAUUUUUAGGAAAAGUUAUAAAUCCCAGUAAGGCGUAA